AUGUCAAACAGUGACUCUGAAGACAGCACGGCCAACUCUGGCCCGAAAGAUCUCUUCAAAUGCUGUCACUGUGACAAGGCUUUCGCCUCCGGUCAGGCCUUGCGUGGUCUCCAAAACGCCCACCGUGUGGUGAGGAAUGUCAUUGAAGCCCAUACCAACAACUUCAAGCACACUGCUGAAGCUGUCCUGUCAGCCGCCGCUGCCGCUGUCGCCGGUGAGGUGCGUCCAGAGGUGAAUGCAGGCGGAGCUUAUUAUCAUCAGAUAUUGUACCCUACUGCAGGCCUAAUGGCAGUUGCAUGUGCUGCAGUGUCGGAGAGGUCUUCUGAGAGGACUUUGACGGACCCAAUUUUUAUGGUUGGCCAUGGAGGGUUUGCUCCAGAGGGAGCUAGGGAUGAUGGUGAGGUGGAGGAGGAGGUGACUUCGGAGAAGACAGAAGAGUUAAGCUUGGAGCUGAAGCUAGGUUUUUGA